GAGUGCUUCAGUGACAUGUGCUUGCUUUUGGGAAAAUCAGAACUCUUCAGAUUAGUCCUAGGAAUAAUUACCAUGUUCAUUUUAUGUUUACCUGAAUUUUUCAAAAUCCAUGAAGUUAACACUGUGAUUGUGUCAUGCGUGGACACCUGCUCAUCAAAUAACACCACUUUUCCACUUUGUACAUUUAACAAUUCUUGCAAACCAUCAAUGGAACAAAGAAGAGAAAACAAGACUAUUUUACUGAAGGCCAUUGUAAAUCAUUCAGAUUUCCAAAAUAUUCCGUGUAUUUGCCAGUCUUCCAGGAUGGAACAGUCCCAUACUAAACACAGAGAGUGUGAAUCCAAGGGAGACGUGAAUGUUGAUCAUCAAGGAUCAGGGUUAGGAGCUGAAAAAAUUCCAAAAGCAAAAGGCUCGCUUGAAGUGAAAACAGAAGAUGCUAUUUAUUUGUAUAAAUAUUUUAAUUUCACUAUGGUUUCUGAGAAAGAAGUAGAGCAUAACGGUUACUACCUGCUGGAAAUCCACAUUAACAAUUCUACAGUCGGAGGAGGAAAUGCAGCCGAAGAAUAUCUAAAUCAUUCAUGUCUGGUGGCAAUGAUGGAAGACCAAAAUGACUGUAUAAAUAUUUCAAUGCAACUGAAGACGUACGUGGAAUAUCCAAUGUGUAUGACGAAGAUCAUUUGGCUCACCAUGAUUGUAGUAGUUCUUGUGUUUACUGUUUCAAUUGUCAUCUACAAAAUAGUCCAAGAAAAUGAACAAAACUAUUGUAAACACAGAGUAACAGCAUCAGUUUCUACUAUUCUAAGAAGAAAUGGUUCCAGACAUGCAAGAAGAACCAUAUCUGCUACUAGAAUUCAUCCUUUUUCUGUGAAACCCAGCAAACAACAAAUUCCACUGACUGCACAGACCACAAAGGUACUGUCCAUAAUUCCUGAAAGAGAGCACUGUCAUGUGGCUGUGACUGUAGAAGCUUCAGAUAUCGUCAUGUGAAGCAUCAUUACUCUGCGAUGAAAGAAGACACAUCAUACACGCACCACAGAGG